AUAAACAAUAUAAUUUAUUAACACUAACAAUACAAACAUAAACGCAGUGCAAUACUAAAACAUAAUACGGUGCAAACAAACCAAACCAAACCACCCACAGAUAACAGUAUAUACAAGCAAGCGUCGUCAGGCAGGCCGGGUCAAUAUCAAUUGGGCAGGUAGGUACAGGGGGAGCAAGCGGAGAAUGGUCGGGGUCACAGGCCAGGUUCAGCAGGUAGCAAGCGGCAUAGUACAGAGGGUCAGGCAGAGGGAUGGUCCGGGUCACAAGCCAGGGAUCAGAACAGGUAGCAAGCAGCGUAGUACAGAGGAUACAGGGCCCAGGACAAACACAACACCAAGGCAGAGUCUGCAAGUCUGGCCA